AUUGGCUUGAUUGUUUUUUGAUUUUAGAACCAAUUUAUUUUAAUAAUUUAAUCUUUAUCUGAAUAUUCACUAGCAUAAAUGUUACAAUAUUAAUAUAUACAUAUUAUAAGAUCAUAAUCUUAAUACUAUUUAAUGUCAACAUAAAAUUAUGUUUAAUAAGAGGAAAUAUUUAAUUGCCAUAACAUGGAAUGUGUAAUUGCUGUUCAUUCAGGUGCAGGUUAUCAAAAAGUAUCUAAAGAAGCAUGUUAUAAAAAAAUAUGUAUGAAAGCAUGUAAAAAAGGAUUAGAGAUACUAAAAAAUAAUGGAUCAGUACUAGAAGCAGUAACUGUAGCUACCAUGGUUUUGGAAGAUUCUCCACUGACUAAUGCUGGAUAUGGAUCUAAUUUAACGUGGAAUGGUUCUGUAGAAUGUGAUGCCAGUAUAAUGAAUGGGUCAAGUAUGCACUAUGGAGGUGUUGGUGCAGUUUCGGGUAUUAAAAAUCCAAUCACUCUUGCUAGACUCAUUUGUGAAAAACAAAAUAUUAAAAUGUCAUUUGGAAGGAUUCCUCCAUGUUUACUGGUUGGUCAAGGUGCUCAUGAAUAUGGAAUAUCAAACAAUAUUAUUGCUGUUGAUCCUUUAAAUUUAAUUUCAGAAAGAGCUAAAAAAGACUUUGUUCGCAACAAAUAUAAUGUAAUAAAUCAAAAUAGUAGUAAUAGUCAUCAGAUUGGAAAAUCUAGAUUAGAUACAAUAGGAUGUGUGGGUAUGGAUAAGUUUGGAAAUGUAGCUGCAUCAUCUUCUAGUGGUGGAAUUUUAUUGAAACAAGAUGGUCGUGUUGGUCAAGCAGCUUUAUUGGGUUCAGGUUGUUGGGCCCAAAUGUCAGAUGAUGUUGCAAUAGCAGUGACAACAUCUGGUUGUGGUGAACAUCUUAUUAAGACAAAUUUAGCCAGAGAAAUAUCAAGACAAGUUUUUAAUUCUUCUUGUCCAACAAUUGCAAUCAAUAAAAGUUUCAAUGAGGAUUUUAUACAAUCACCACUAUUAAGAGAUUAUGAAGAAAAACUUGCUGGCGCUCUAAUACUAUAUAAAAAUAAAGACUAUUGUGAAAUUAUAAGUGCUCAUAAUACAAAGUCAAUGUGUAUUGCUUAUGCAACAGAAUACAACAAAAAAAGUUAUCUAAGUCGCUUACUGCCAAAUACUUCAUCAGGAACUAGUAUAAUGGUACAAGGAUACCCUAUAUGAAUAUAUAUAUAUAUAUAUAUA